AUGGAUGUGGAUACAACUCAGCUCCCACUAGCAAUCAAGGAUUCAUCUACAACAACAAUGUCCUCAACCACAGAGCCAGAGUCUACAUCUUGCAGAGAUGAGGACUGUCACUGUAACGGAGGACAGUGUAAAUUCAAUGGGACACUGGGCAGAUGUUAUUGCCACUGUCAAGAGUCAGUCUAUGGAGACUUCUGUUCUUUUGGAGGGAACACAACAUCUGCUAAUAUUGAUACUGGGAAAUUACCAACUCGACAGGCAAAUGUUACGUUGAGAAUCAACAUACCAUUUGAAGAUGCUUUUUAUAAUUUAAACUCACAUCAGUCAGUAAACUUCACCAACAAAUUAAAAAAGGAGCUUGAAGCCCUGUGCAAAGAAGCGGAUCCUCAAGCCUUUAAAAAAGUAGAAAUCAAAAAUUUAACACAAGGAAGUGUUGUAGCAGAGAGCAUAGCGGAGUACGUCUAUCUGAACAAUGAAACGCAAAUCCAGUUUGUCAACACUGAGCUAGAUGGGGUGUUGGCCAACAUCUUGAAUGACACAAAUAACCUCAAUAAGAUUUCUCAGGCCUUUAGUAAUGCCAAAGUAAAGUUAAAUGGACUCAACUUCCAGUCACCGUACAUUAAAAAUAUCACAGACCUGAAGCCUUUUGUUAACUGCAGUCAGUUUGCUAAUUACACUGCUGAGAUUAGUAAUGGUCAGUGGCGGUGUGUUGGACCGUGCCAAAGAAUCUCUAAUUACUGUCAUCAACAUGGAGAAUGUCUUAAUAACAUUUACACAGGGCCCAUUUGCAGGUGCUCCAAGUCCAGCCUGAAGCAGUUUUAUGGCCCACAUUGUGACCUCUUCCACUGGGGUCCAGGUUUCUAUGGAGCACUGUUUGGAUCACUGGCAGCUGUACUCCUGCUCUUGAUUAUCAUCGUCAUUGCUGUCGUUGUCAAAAAAAGGAAUAUCGGCAUUUGGAAAACGGAGGACUCCUAUAACAGAAGACUGUCUGCUUUUGAAGAAGAUUUCUUUGACUUCUCAGGUAUAGGUAUACCUGUUUUUCAGUAAUCACCAAUCUUUUCAAUUAUGUUAAAUUCAGAGUAAGGACAUACUGUACACAGUU